CUAUCUCUUAUUUUUCUAUUGCAGACUUAUACUAUUGUUCCUCUUGACUUGUUUCAAUCUGAUUGUUGCUUGACACUUGGCUCCGAAUAUAUUGGGCGAGCGAUGGCUAGUAUCUCAAAAGCUCGCCCAUACAACAAUUCUCAGCACAGGCCUAUAUCGCGCCCAGCUCCUGCUAUUGGGAUAGAGCAUGGUGAAGACUCUCAAUGCCAAGAAGCCGUCUCCGGGAAGCGACUUGCUCGCCCACCAACGAUUCGUACCACUAUACCUCCACGCCCACCGCAGACAGGAAGAGGAGGCCAACCUGGCAGAGGUCGCGGAGGACGGCACACGAGGGAAAGAGGUGGCUAUAAUGGCGGUAGGAAUCCGAACGGUGGAGAUGACAGAGGAGUAGCGGACCCUGGUGCUGGCCGUAGCGAGCAGCCGGGAGCGACUGGGUUUCGAAGGCCCAAUGGCGACUCGCAUCCGAGAAGGGCGACGUACAGCAAUGCUUCCUGGCAUCGCAACCAUCAGGGAUCUACGUCCUCUACACAGAAUCCUGUGACAACAGCGUCGACUACUUCUCGACCAAAGUUCUCCGACGGACUCCAUGAGUUUUCGAUUCAUACCCUGCCUCCGCGCCCAUCAUCAUCGUUCAGUGCCGCCCUACAUACUGCUGAUAGAGGUGGUUUGGGUCAGCCUUUUGCGGGAUCCAACGACCGAAGUAGGGCCGGGGAAGAGUCUUCAUCGACGGAUAAGCAUACUGCUCUCGCACCCGGCACACAACCGCAACAUCCAGCAUACCAGAAACAACAUAAUAUUGGAGAUGAAGGAGUUGCGGCCACCUUUUCUGGCAUGUACUUCCCUUAUACGCGCUUCCGAGGAGGACUAGUCCAACACCCCCCGUCCUGGGCCACACAAACUGUGAUGGACCCUGGGCCACAAUCCUACACUCAGCCUCUGCCAGCGUUACCCAUACCUGCACCAUCUCCUGCACCCCCAGAUGCUACGACUGACCAGCACCUAUUGCCGAUACCUUCACCCAGAUCGGAUGCUGACGACCCACGCCCUGCAAAGCGCCAAAGGCGCCAUGGGCCAUCGGAAGAAUCAUCACUGUCUACGCCCCAAUCGUCAGCAAUGGAUUGGCACCCUUCUGCAAGCGAAACUCAAGGAGAUUCGCAAGAGAUAUCUAUGCUCCCAGGAGAAUAUACAUCAAGUCGUUCUUCCCCAUCUGCUCCCCCCUAUGUUCCCCAUCUUCCCAAGACGAACGAACCGGUUACGAUCAAGCAAGAACGACUCAGCCCCUCUCCUCCGACACUCUUCCCUAGUGCGAAGCAGGUUACGAGCGGCUCGCGACGUCAUGCCCCUAUGCCAGAGAACUGUAUGCGCACAAAUCCAGACUAUAAGAAGUGCAGGAACACAUGGAGGAACCAAAUGUGUGGUGAGUUGGUCAGGAAAGGGCUACGGGUAGUUCGAAGCUUCAUAAGGGACGACGGUCUAGUCAUCGACUGGGAAAGUACGGAGCCAGUUAUGUCCGACACACUUUUACCACUGUCACAAACGCCCCUACCACCACACACGGAGCAGCAAUACACCUCACUUUCUCAUCACUCACCUCACUCUGAUCCGAAACCGUCGUCCGUUGCACACCAUCAGUCUCAGACUGAUAUGCGACCAACGUCUCGCGAUCUGCAAGCUGUCGCGCCAAAGAGGAAGAGAAAGAGAAGGAAUAGAAGUAUGCGACCGACUAUUUCGCCGAGCGACAUGUCACAGUACAAACACGUACAAGAUGACCACGGAAGAGACGUCAUCAUGAUUGAUAAUGAUGAGGACGUCCAAGAAUCUUCACCUACGGUCACUAGACCAACAACGCCGACCAUAUCAUCUUCGCACUCCCUGCCACCGCAACCCUCGACAUUGGCAUCUUCCACGGAGCCUGACAUAAAUGAUUUCCCUUCCGGCAACGGCCUCUCGCCCACGAACCCGACAGGCUCCCCUCCAUUCUGGCUUCUGGACUCCGCCUCGCUGAUCUCCUUUGGCGAGGGUACUCGCGAUGAGCCUCCACACCUCACUGGAAAAUCAACGGGGCCUGUGAAGACGCCGCUGGCAAGGUUCAAUGAGUCGCUUGCGGAGAAAAGGAGGGCUCGUUUAGCAGCUGAAGGUGGUGAGACAUCUGAGCAUCGCGUUGAGGGUAAUGACAAUGUCGCUGCUGGUACGACCUUGUAUCCUGGGUCGGCGGCGGAGGCGGAGAUGGACCUGUCUGGUGACUUCGGUAGUUCUGCUUCACACGCGGACGGAGACGAGGACUGGGCUGAGGGCACUGAUUUGGAGGAUGCAGCAUUGGAGUAUCUCAAGCGGUACAUUUUCGCAUUCGACAAGGAUCGUCUUGCCCUCUCAAAAGCAUACUCUGCCGAUGCCACGUUCUCUUUCCAGCGCCUGAUACCCCGGAUUGGUGACGACAAGCCGCCUGCCGUAUUCGACAAAUCAGAGCUGACACGCGACCGUCACAAUAUUGCCUCUGUGCUCAGUCAGGAUUCUAUGGACACGGUCGAUUAUGGUCCAUCCCAUCUGAGAUUCUGCUCUGCUGAAGAGCCUCUCGACCUCCAGUAUGAUGUAGUAUGUCUAGAGCAUUCCAGGGUCCUCCUCGUUGCUCAUGCAUCGUUGAGGCACACGCAGUUAGGAGCCGUCGGUGACGGUAUGGAGGUGGAUAACGAACAGGAUAGAAGACCGUUUGGUGUAACUAUGAGUUUUGUAUUACGGAGAAGAACGGACAGUGAUGUCGAUGGAGUUGCCAUGGAUGAGUUUGCCGGUGGAAGAUUGGAGGAUAGGUUAUAUGGGACCUGGCCUCUCGUUGCUACAGCACAUCAGAUGAUUGUUCGUCUUAAUUCGAGCACAUGUUGAUGCGUUGAUGCCUUGCCUCAAUGACGACGGUAUUACAAGUCCUGGGUCUUACAAUGGACCCAGAAUAAUAAAAGUGAUUUAG